ACCCUCCAGGAACCUCGCCCACCAGCUGAACCUGCGGACCCACUCUUAAGCACCCCUACGCGGCUGCACACCAAUAGCCGCUCCUCCCAGAGUGUCGUGCCCCUGUCUAUAAACACUCUGUGGUCCUGGUACUCUGUGUGGACUCUUGCCCUCACCUCCAGGCCCCAGCCUUCGCUCAUACACCCAGCACUGAACCCCAGGCACCCUGCCCUCACCUCCAGGACCCCAGCCUUCGCUCAUACAGCCAGCACUGAACCCCAGGCACCCUGCCUCACCUCCAGGACCCCAGCCUUCGCUCAUACAGCCAGCACUGAACUCCAGGCACCCUGCCCUCACCUCCAGGUCACCUCCAGGACCCCAGCCUUCGCUCCUACACCCAGCACUGAACUCCAGGCACCCUGCCUUCACCUCCUGGCCACCUCCAGGACCCCACCUUCGCUCCUACACCCAGCACUGAACUCCAGGCACCCUGCCUUCACCUCCUGGCCACCUCCAGGACCCCAGCCUUCGCUCCUACACCCAGCACUGAACUCCAGGCACCCUGCCCUCACCUCCAGGUCACCUCCAGGACCCCAGCCUUCGCUCCUACACCCAGCACUGAACUCCAGGCACCCUGCCCUCACCUCCAGGCCCCCAGCCUUCGCUCAUACACCCAGCACUGAACUCCAGGCACCCUGCCCUCACCUCCAGGCCCCCAGCCUUCGCUCAUACACCCAGCACUGAACUCCAGGCACCCUGCCCUCACCUCCAGGACCCCAGC